AUGUUCUUGUGCAAUCGAGUGAUAUCUAUCUAUCUAUCUAUUCAUUAUUUUUCAUAUCUAUCUAUCUAUCUAUCUAUCUAUCUAUCUAUCUAUCUAUCUAUCUAUCUAUCUAUCUAUUCAUUAUUUUUCAUAUCUAUCUAUCUAUCUAUUAUUUUUCAUAUCUAUCUAUGUCUGCUCAUUAACUAUCUAUACAUUCCUUUUCAUAUCUAUCUAUCUAUCUAUCCAUCUAUUUUUCAUAUCUAUCUAUCUAUCUAUUAUUUUUUUCAUAUCUAUCUAUCUAUUCUAUCUUUCUAUCUAUCUAUCUAUCUAUCUAUCUAUCUAUCUAUCUAUCUAUUAUUUUUUUAUCUAUCUAUCUAUCUAUGUCUGCUCAUUAACUAUCUAUACGUUAUUUUUCAUAUCUAUCUAUCUAUCUAUCUAUUAUUUUUCAUAUCUAUCUAUCUAUCUAUCUAUCUAUCUAUCUAUCUAUCUAUCUAUCUAUCUAUCUAUGUCUGCUCAUUAACUAUCUAUACAUUAUUUUUCAUAUCUAUCUAUCUAUUCAUUAUUUUUCAUAUCUAUCUAUCUAUCUAUCUAUCUAUCUAUCUAUUCAUUAUUUUUCAUAUCUAUCUAUUCAUUAUUUUUCAUAUCUAUCUAUCUAUCUAUCUAUCUAUCUAUCUAUCUAUCUAUCUAUCUACUCAUUAUUUUACAUAUCUAUCUAUCUAUCUAUUCAUUAUUUUUCAUAUCUAUUUAUCUAUCUAUCUAUCUAGCAUGAGGAAAGGAAUAUCUAUCUAUCUAUCUAUCUAUCUAUCUAUGUCUGCUCAUCUAUCUAUCUAUUUUUUCAUAUCUAUCUAUCUAUUCAUUAUUUUCAUAUCUAUCUAUUAUUUUUCAUAUCUAUCUAUCUAUCUAUCUAUCAUCUAUUAUCUAUCUAUCUAUCUAUCUAUUCAUUAUUUUCAUAUCUAUCUAUUCAUUAUUUUUCAUAUCUAUCUAUCUAUCUAUCUAUCUAUCUAUUAUUUUUCAUAUCUAUCUAUCUAUCAUUUUUCAUAUCUAUCUAUCUAUCUAUUCAUUAUUUUCAUAUCUAUCUAUUCAUUAUUUUUCAUAUCUAUCUAUCUAUCUAUCUAUUAUUUUUCAUAUCUAUCUAUCUAUCAUUUUUCAUAUCUAUCUAUCUAUCUAUCUAUCUAUCUAUGUCUGUCUUGGCCUAUUUCUUUCUUUCUUUCUUUCUUCUUUCUUUCUUUCACAGUCUCUUCAGUAUCUAUCUAUGUAUCUAUCUAUCUAUUAUUUUUCAUAGCUAUCUAUCUAUUUUUCAUAUCUAUCUAUCUAUUCAUUAUUUUUCAUAUCUAUCUAUUCAUUAUUUUUCAUAUCUAUCUAUCUAUCUAUCUAUUAUUUUCAUAUCUAUCUAUCUAUCUAUCUAUCUAUCUAUCUAUCUAUCUAUCUAUCUAUUAUUUUCAUAUCUAUCUAUCUAUCUAUCUAUCUAUCUAUCUAUCUAUCUAUCUAUUAUUUUUCAUAUCUAUCUAUCUAUCUAUCUAUCUAUCUAUCUAUCUAUUAUUUUUCAUAUCUAUCUAUCUAUCUAUCAUAUUCUGA